CCCGGCGGCGCGGCGCGGAGCGGACCCCUCCGGAGCGCGGAGCCGGGCCCCGGGGCCCCGGAGCCGGGAUGGAGGCACCGCCCGCCCCUCCCGCCGUUCCCCCCGCUCCCUGCAGCGCUGCCCGGAGCCUGCAGGACGAGCUGACGUGCCCGGUGUGCCUGGAAUACUUCAACGACCCGGUGUUGGUAGCCGAGUGCGGCCACAACUUCUGCCGCGCCUGCGUGACCCAGUGCUGGGAGGACUCGGCUCGGCGGCUUUGCUGCCCGCAGUGCCGGGAGCCGGUGCCGCAGCGCCUUUUCCGGCCAAACCGUUCUUUAGGCAACAUCGUCCACAUCGUCCGUCAGCUCGGUUUGCCUCCGGGCCCCGCCGAACCACCGCCGGGCCCUCCCGCGCCUUCCCCGCCGCUGCCCGCCGCCGCUCCGCCCGGCCCGCCGGGCCCGCCGCGUUGUCCCCGGCACGGCGAGCCGCUGCGGCUGUACUGCGUGCAGGACCGCCGCGCUGUCUGCGUUGUCUGCCACCUCUCCCGGGAGCACCGGACCCACACCGUGCUGCCCGCCGAGGAGGCGGCUCACGCCCCAGAGGAGGUGCCCCAAGAGCACUUGAGCUCCCUGAGGAAAGGGCGUGAAGAAGCCAAAGCUGAGAGGGAGCGACAGAGCGAGGACUUGCUGAAGCAAACAGAAGUGGAGAGGCAGAAGAUCGUGGCCGAGUGUAAAGAGCUCCGGGGUUUCCUGGAGGAGAAGGAGCAGCUCCUGUUAUCCCGCCUGGAAGAGCUGGAUAAGGACAUCGUCAAGAGGAGGGAUGAGAGCGUGUCGCGCCUUUCCGAGGAGAUCGCCCAGCUCGACAAGCUGCUGGCUGAGCAGGGAGCAGAGAACAGCGCAGGGAGCCAGCCCGGGCAGGUCAUCGCUCCGUCUGGAAGCAGCUUUGAGAGCUGGAUGUUCUGCAAGCCCGAGGCUGGCUUCACGGAGCUGGAGAAGAAACUCAAGAGCUUCUCCCAGAAGAGUGCGGUGCUGAAGGAAGUCCUGCUGGAGUUCAAGGAGAACCUCAGGUUCGAGCUGGAGAAUGACACAGGUGAUCUCUCUCUGGACCCGGACACGGCCAACCCUUACCUGGUGCUGUCGGAGGACAAGCGGAGCGUGAGGCUCCGCAGCGCGCCCCAGGAGCUGCCGGCAAAUCCCAAAAGAUUCGAUUAUUCCUUCUGCGUGCUGGCAGCGGAGGGCUUCGUGGCUGGGAGGCACUACUGGGAGGUGGAGGUGGGAGAUGGAGAGAGCUGGGUGCUGGGGGCGGCGCGGGAAUCCGUCAGGAGGAAGGAGAAGAUCGACUUUGCUCCCGAGGAAGGGAUCUGGGCGGUGGGUUUGAACUGGAAAGGGAAGAACUGGGAUCAGUACCAGGCUUUCACCUCCCCAGAGACGCCCCUUUCCCUGUGCGAGAGGCCCAGGAAAAUCGGGGUCUACCUGGACUAUGAGGGGGGGUGGGUGGCGUUCUACAACGCCGACAACAUGGCUCCGAUCUUCACCUUCACCGCGGCUUUCACCGAGAGGAUCUUCCCCUUCUUCUGGCUCUUCUAUGUGGGCUCUUCCCUCUCCCUUUGCAAUUGAGCCUCCACUUUCUUUAUCCCUCCCAAGGUGACCUGCAAGUAGGAUCCUGUCCCUUUCCCCCCCCCACCCUGCUUUCAGACAGAGGCCCCCAAACCUCUUCCUCGUUGUCCCGUGUUCUGCUGUUUUCUUGUUGCUUUCCAGGGUUUUGAGGCUCUUUUUACACCCGAACCCUUCCUCUGGGACGUCAACCGCGGAGGGUUGGGGUUAUUCCUGUUGUAGAAGUGACCCCGUGUGUUUCCGUUGCUGCUCUGUCCCAUGUGAACAGGGAUGUAAGCAGGGAGCGAAGCUCCCAGAGGGGUUCCUCACAUCCUGCAUUGCUCCAAAGCUUUUGUGCACCCCAGGAAGCUCUAGAAAGCUGGAAAACCAGCGUGAGGAGCAGAGGUACCGUCCCCCAGCCUUGAUUCCUGCCGCAGUUGCUCUGCAGGUCACCUUUUAGCUUCCCUUUCACCCCAUCCUUGCUUUCCUUUCCCUUUGGGAAAGGGCUGAGCCCAUCUCCUCGCUGUCGGUAGCACCAAGAGAGCAAAACCCCAUCCCGUGCCUCACCGCUUCCCCCGUUAGCACCGAGCAUCCAUAGGGUUGGGAAUGGAGGGAGAUGGGGUGAGGUUUGGGGUGUAGCCAAGAGGGACGUGCUGCAAAGCAGGGAAUUGGGGGUAGAUCCCGAUGGAACCCUGGAUCCAUAGGGAAGGAGGGGGGGGAAGCUUGUUUUCAAUGUGAUCUCGUGUUUAUAACCCCCCCUGCCCACCCUCGUGUGCUCCACAAUGCUUUUAUGUCUCUUUGCCCUGUCACUGUUUAGUGGGGAAAUAAAAGUUGCUGUGCAAAAAACUAA